AUGGCUUCUCCCAAUCCUGGUCAAGUUGUCGACCUGCAGCAUCUCUCUGGAGAGGACAAGCGGCCCGUUGCAGACGACUGGGAAAAUGGACCUGCAAAGAGGCAACGCAUGGCUCCAGAGCCGAACUCGUGUUCGGAAGCUGCAGACCCAGAAUUGGAUGGGGAAGGAUGGGCAGCAGAUCGCAUCGCACAGGGCUCUAGUAGUAGACGCCCUUCGGUAUCUUCUGCAGGAGCUGCGGUCGAAAAAGCAGCCGAUGCGGUAACGUCAAGCGCCGAACCAGCUGCGCCUACUGUCAUAGAUGAUGGAACGGAAUCAAGCGAAGACGAGGAUGACUCCUCGGUCGAGUUUGUGGAAACACCUGUGGCGUCGACCUCGCUUCAGGCUAAUGCUGGUGCCUCUACUACUGUCGCUGAGCCCGAAUCUGUCUUGUGGCAUCCCGAUCCCGACCAGGAAGCUCCUCCGCGCUGGCACACGCCCGUCAUUUAUUACGAUGACGUGAGCAAGAUUUGCAGCCUCAAAAUGGCCAACCCGGAAAGGUCGUACAGGCUCUUUGAAGAUGCCGACGGGGAGUUGGAGAGCACUUUUGGCGCUCUGAUACCUGAAGGAUACGCCCUGUGGAACGACCCUGCCUUCCCAUGGAUAUGUCCGGUUCGCGAUUGUAGACGGCUAUGUACUAGUCGGCAGGCACUUGGAGGCCAUUUCAUUAGACACCGCAAGACUCUGUUGAAUGACAACAGAGACGGGACAUUUACGGUCGUGGGUACAUAUUCAGAACAGCUGCUAGGCGAGAGAGGCUUACCGGCAGUGGUCAUCACACAAGAAACUGGUAACACGGCGCCAAUUGAAGCCCCGAGUGAGCACGCGCCUCCGGGACCUGGGAACGGCGCGAUUAAUACUAUCACGACACUACCAUCAGAGUCCUUGAUGCCACCCCCGACGCCUACAAUUGUUGGGACCCAGAAUGGAGUCCCCGUCUACAGGAAACGAGUCGACCCCAAUGCGGGCAUCCCUCAUCCUCAACACCCUAACAGGAUCAUUUCACCCAACCCAGAUGUAUUGGGGCUGAUACCACUGCGCACCGACUCUCCCCAGGUGCGAUCGAAAGGGAAGACGCCAAAUAUGGAGUUGGAUGACAAUGGCGACUUUAAAACACCCCUACCCGGUGAUGCCGACAGCAUGUGGGAAUAUAUAAAGCAGUUUAUGCGCCAGACGCCGCUGCCGCCCUCAACCGGGCACGUCCCCGACGUUAUUGGGCUGCCUAGGCUCCGCGACAUACGGUGGAACGAGACAUGGAAGAACGGCUACUUUGAGAGCCUUCCCAGAGACAUCACCGCCUUGAUAAUGCACCUGACUGGUGAAUAUUCGCCUGCAUCUUGUACAAGGUGCAAGGCUUCCAAGGGUCCCUUCGAUGGUUGCAUUGUUAUGUCGCGCGAAGUGAAAAAUCAAACUAUUGUCAGCUGCUCCAACUGCUGGUAUCACGGCUAUCAAACGCAAUGCAGUUUGAAGGGCUACCUAAGGAACAGACCAUUGAUGCUAGAGCAUGCGGCCUUGGGAAAAGGCACCCCUUUUGCUUCACCAAUUGCUGCUUCAACAGCAGCCGCGACUGCUCCAGCACAUAAAACAACAACGGCUCAGACGCAAACACAGUCGCAGCAGACCACAAACACUGGGCAGUAUGCAACAUCGAAUAACAAGUCAACAAGUUCUGCACCAGCGAUCACAGAACAACACAGGGUGACAACUCGAUCCUCGCAAUCUACAGCCACAACUAAUCAACCUUCCCCGGCCACCUCGACUGAUCGGGCUCCCGCCAACAUGCAGACACAGACACCGGCGGAAGCUCUCGAGAUGGAGGACUGGGAGGUAGGCCCUGGCAGGAUAAGGUCUCAAAAGGACAACGGUGAAAGCAUCGCUUUUUCGAAUGCCUACCUCUUUGGCAGCGACGGCUCAUCGGUCGCCGUGGCCGACGGCAUCUCAUUCCACGUCGAUGUCAUACGUCCGGGGACCAGACGCACCUUUGAGCGCGACAGGGCGAUGACGCGAAUCUGCUCCUUAGCGAGCGGCAAGCUCAAGGUGAGGAUGCAGGGAGAAGACGAGCUGACGUUGGGCCCGCACGGCAUGUUCAAGAUUCGGCCGGGCGUUGCGUGCACCGUCGAGAACAGAAUCUACCUGGAUUGUAUAUUACACGUCUCUUCGGUCGUCACCGAGGACGUUCAGAAUAUUAAUGAAUAG